AUGAUGUCCAAAAUCCUCGCGCUGCUGUCGGUGUUGUCGAUAGCAUCCGCCGCGCCUCUGGCAACAUGCCCCGGAUACCGAGUCACCAACGUCCAAUCCGGAGACUCGUAUCUCGUCGCCGACCUGACUCUCGCCGGCAACAAAUGCAAUAUCUACAGUGAAGAUAUCACCAACUUGCGCUUGACCGUGGAAUAUCAGACUGACACCCGUCUCCACGUCUUAAUCGAAGACCGCGAGAAGAACGUCUACCAAAUCCAAGGCAACAUCCUCCCCCGCCCCACCUCUCAGAAUUCCAGCUCCCAAACCACCGAUCUGCGCUUUUCCUACGAAGCCAACCCCUUCUCCUUCAAAGUCACACGCGCCAGCACCGGCGACGUCCUCUUCGACACUUCUCCCUCACCUCUGAUCUUUGAGACACAGUACCUCCGCUUGCGCACCCGCUUGCCUCCCAACCCGAAUUUGUACGGACUGGGUGAACACUCCGACUCCUUCCGACUACCGACUGAUGGAUAUAAGCGAACGUUAUGGAAUUCCGAAGCGCCGUAUAUACCGCAGAACCAGAACUUGUAUGGGAGUCACCCUGUGUACUUUGAGCAUCGCUCCGGUACCAGUAACAAAGGUCCAGCAACGCAUGGCGUUUUUUUGAGGAGUGCAUCCGGUAUGGACAUCAUCAUCGGAAAAAGCGACUCCAACGAGCAAUACCUCGAGUACAACACCAUCGGCGGCGUGUUCGACUUUUAUUUCUUGGCUGGCCCCUCACCAGAACAAGUAAGCAAGCAAUACGCCGCCGCCGUCGGUCUGCCCGCCAUGAUGCCCUAUUGGUCUCUCGGGUUUCAUCAGUGCAAAUACGGCUGGCCGGACUUGGCGCACGUCAAGCAGGUUGUCGCAAACUACAGCGCUGCGGGGAUUCCGCUCGAGGCGGUUUGGGAUGAUAUCGAUUACAUGGACAAUAAGCUGGAUUUCAGCACGGAUCCGGUACGGUAUCCCAAGGAUCAGCUCAGGAAGUUUGUGGAUGAGUUGCAUGGCAAGGAUAUGCGGUAUGUGCAGAUUUUGGAUCCGGGGAUCAGGAAUAAGCAAGACUAUGGCCCGUUUAAGAGGGGGGCGGAUAAGGGUGUUUUCUUGAAGGCAGCUGAUGGGUCUUGGUAUCGUGGUCUGCAGUGGCCCGGGGAGGUGGUUUGGCCGGAUUGGAUCGCUCCCCAAACCAAAGAGUGGUGGACGACGGAGAUCUUGACGUUUUAUGAUCCCAACAACGGGAUUGAUAUCGAUGGAUUGUGGAUCGACAUGAAUGAGGCGAGCAAUAUGUGCGCCGACACCAUGUGUCUGUCGUCAGCUCAGGACAUGGAGGCUCGGUCAGUCCAAGUCCACAACCAAACACCACUGUCUCCUCGCGCACCACAACAUGCAGCCGCACCGGGAGACGGCCAACACCUCGGCCUUCCCAACCGCGACCUCUUCACCCCCCGAUACCAAAUAUCCAAUCACUAUCCAUCCCUCUCCUCCCGCACUUUAUUCACAAACAUCACCAACGCCGACGGCACAACCCAAUACGACACCCACAACCUGCACGGCCUCUUCAUGUCCCUCACCACCCGCUCGGCCUUGGUCGCCCGCUCACCAACCAAACGUCCCUUCCUCCUCACGCGCUCCACCUUCUCGGGCUCUUCCCGGUUCGCAGCCCACUGGUUCGGCGACAACUUUUCUUCAUGGGCCGAUUACCGCGCCUCCAUCCGCCAGCUUUUGAGCUUCAGCGCAGUACACAACUAUCCCAUGGUCGGCAGCGACGUGUGCGGGUUCAACGGCCAGGCUCAAGAACGCAUGUGCGCGAGAUGGGCCGUGCUGGGGGCUUGGCACCCCUUUUACAGGAAUCAUGCUGAUGUGUCGGCGCCGGAUCAGGAGUUUUAUCGGUGGGAUGUUGUGAAGGAGGCGGCGAGGAAGGCGGUGGGGACAAGGUACAGGUUGUUGGAUUAUUUUUACACGGGGCUGCACUAUGCUAGUACGAGGGGGGAGGUGCUGGUGAAGCCGGUCUGGUAUGGGUGGCCGGGGGAUGAGAAUACGUACGGGAUUGAUACGCAGUUUAUGGUCGGGGACGCGGUUUUGGUGAAUCCCGUGGUGGAGGAUGAUACACAAUCUGUCAGCUUUUAUUUGCCAAAGGGGGUUUGGUAUGAUUUCUUUUCUCAUGAUCGCAUCGAUCAGAGCGCAGGUGGACAAACGAUUACCGUCACUGGCGUUAACUGGGACGAGAUAUCGGUUUACAUUCGCGGGGGGAGUAUACUUCCUCUUCGCCUUUCCGACUCUCUACCCUCCGGCUCUGAUGCAGGCCAGGCGAUGACCACCAAGGAAGUCCGCGCUAGAAACUUUGAGAUAAUCGUGGCGCCUGAUGCCAACGGGAAGGCAAGUGGGAAAUUGUAUCUAGAUGAUGGCGAAAGUCUGGAUUCGAGUGGGAAGGAGAGCGAGAUUGACUUCAGUUGGAAUGGGAAGAGGUUGGAAGCUAGGGGGACGUUUGGGUAUGAGACGGGGGUCAAGGUGGUGAGGGUUGUGGUUUUGGGGGAUGCGGAGAGGAAGGCGGAGGGUGAAUGGGGGUUGAUGGGGAGUUUUACGGUUGAUUUCUAG